AUGACCAUCUUGAUCACGGGAGCUGCUGGGAGGACGUCAGGAUACGUGAUAAAAGCCCUGCUAGAGUCGCCAAAUGUCUCUGCUCCAGACCUCCGCCUGCUCGUUCGCUCAGAGAGCGCCAUCGAGAAAGUACACGCCAGGUUCCCCCAACUGCCGCCGCGCCCUUCCUUCGUGAUCGCGGAUUUCCUCGAGGCCAGCACUCUGCCCGCUGCCGUACAAGGGGUGGACGUUGUCUUCCACAACGCCCCGACUUUCCACCCCCAGGAGACUGCUAUGGGCAUCGCGAUGAUCGAUGCUGCUAAGGAGGCGGGAGUGAAACAUUUCGUCUACUGCAGCGUACUCUUUCCCAUCUUGACGAAACUGGUGAACCACAUAGUCAAGUGCCAUGUCGAGGAAUAUUUGAUCGAAUCCGGUUUGAAUUACACCAUACUGGAGCCCACAGCGCUCAUGCAAAACAUCGACCUCGAGAGGGUGCAAUCCACCUUCAAGAUCUACUCCUGGAACGGCCCGGACAUCCUAGAAGGCUACCUCGAUCUUGAAGAUCUCGCCGCCGUCGCUCGAAUUGUUCUGCUAGACCCAAAGACUCACAACCGCGCACGCUACGAACUCUGCGGACAGAACUGCUCCUACGCAGACAUCGCACACGAGGCGUCAGCCCAGCUCGGCCGGCCGAUCGAGUGUGAGCAGGUCCCGAGGGAGCAGAUUAUCGCUCAGGGAAUCAAGACUUCAAUGUUGCGCGGUGAUUAUGCGAUCGACGCGGCGGAUAGGAUGUUGUAUUACUACGAGAAAAGGGGUAUUCCAGGAAAUAACAAUGUAUUGCGGUGGCUCUUGGGGCGAGAGCCGACGACCUGGACGGCUUUGCUUCGUCGUGAACUGAAGUCUUCUUGA